GGCUUAAGCGUCGCCAACAGAUCAGCAACCUAAAGACUAGAGCGACAAUGCUGAGUCCUGAACCUGUGGUCAUUCGCUCCCGCUCCAGCGAAUAUGCUACAUUACGCGAGAAGUUUGAAAACAAUCAGACUCAUGAUCAAAGUCCGUCAUCCCAGCAUGGAUUUCGUGAGACUUCGGGAAUCAUCAGCUAUCCCCCAGGCAGCCACCGAGCAUCUUCUUCCACGACUACCACAGCUAAUACACACGCGAUCCGAGCUCGUGCAGUGACAGCGCCCAUUCCAAAGACUCCAAACUGUAAGCUAAACACCGCUGCAUACAAGCGAACAAUGUCGAUACAGAAGUCAGAUGGGAUUACUGCGUUCGUCCAUGACGAGCGAUGGAAAGGAAGGCUUCUGCAGAUGGACGGCAUCAGAAGGCAAGGAGCAUACCGACAUGCAGAGACGAGGGCAUCUCAAUCUUGAACGAGGCCGGCGGUGCAUGGACUGAACUGCUGGCAGCACGGCCCGCGUAUGAAGGCUUGAAUGUUAGCAGCAGAUAGAGAACAGCUGGUCGCACAAGAGCGGUGCAGGAACUCGCGACCUGAAUGUUUUUGUC